AUGAAUUUCCUUAACGUGAAUAAGUUCAAUGCCUUGACUAAUGAUUUGUCUGGCAACUGCUUUCCUGUUCAGUCUGAUGAUAAACAGAUAAGUAACUUGAAAAGAGCUUAUAUUAUCGGAACAUUUUGUUAUAUUCUUCUCUACUAUGUAUCAUCAAUUAAAGGUUUGAUAUCCUUUCCCACACUGAAAAGUAUUCAAGAUGGUAGUAUAAAUUUACUUGUUUUAUCCGAAGUGAUUAUUUUGACUGUCUAUAUGAAUUAUCACCGUGAUAAAUAUCGUUCGUUGAUAGCGAAUAUUAAUACAGUUUUAAGCUACCAAUCUAAAACUUUGCGAGAUAUUACUUUUGAUUUUGUUAAUCCUGUGAUGAGAAUAUUUACAUAUUAUACAAUUGUAGCUGUUGGUUCUAUUGUCAUCUGGGUUUGCAUUCCAAUGUUGAGAGCUUUUAAUAAAACUAUAUUUACAAUUGAAGAUUUACAAGUUCCAAUUGAUAUUUUUUUAAAUAAAAAUUGUGGAAUUAGUGUUUAUGUUAUUGUUACUGCUCUAGAAGCUAUUGCCUGUGCAUAUGCAAUUUUGAAAAAGAUUGCCAUUGAUAUUUAUGUUUUAUAUUUUAUUACACUUUUAACAGCAAAAUAUGUGUAUGUGCAGUAUCAAUUAUCUGUAAUAUUUUCUGAUUUGAUGAAUGAGAAAUCAAUUGAAGUGGAAUUAGAACAGCUUUUACAUCAAUAUAGCAUUAUAGUUAGUGUAACUCAUAAAUUGAGUAAACUGUUAUUCAUCAAUGUUGCAGUAACUUACAUCAAUUGUACUUUAAAGUUUUGUUUUUUGGCCUUCAUGGUGAUAACUAUACCUGGAAGUUAUUUCUCAAAAAUUCUCGUCGUUUCAUAUAGCUGUGGGUCAUUGGUAGAAGUUUAUAUUGUUUGUUUUAGAGUCAAUCAUUUAGUAGAAGUGAGCUCAUCAAUUUCUGAUAAAGCUUUCCACACAAGUUGGUAUUGCCAAAAGCGUUAUUUCAGAAAAAUUUUUACCAUGCUUACGAUGACAAAUAUGAUGAAGUGUCGACUAUCUAUAUGUGAUUCAAUUGAUCUUUCUUUACCAGCUUUUAUGACUAUACUGAAAAAUGCAUACUCUAUUUGUUUACUUCUGUUAAGAAUUAAAUGAUUUUUCAGAGUUAAUUUAAAAAAAUCAAUAAUGAUUUAAGAAAUGUAUUUCAUUUCGAAUGAAC